AUGGAGUCUAAGUGUGUGAAUGAUCAGGAUGCCUUGAUCGACCUGGAGAGUGGCAAUGCCACUGCAGUAAGCAACCACAACAAUGGUGUGGAUGCCAGUUUUACAGUGGGGCAAGCAAGAACAGCGCCUAACGGAUGUCCGAGGGAUGACAGGAAUCAGCACAUGGAUUGCUCCCCUCCCGCUUCGGAUGCUGUUGCUAGAAGUGGAGACGACAGGAAGUCUGAGGGGGAGGAGAAGCUGGGCCUUCUGGACAGUUCAGGAGGGGAGAAAACGAAGAAGAAGCGGUCCAAAAAGCCGCCGCGGCCGCCAAGGCCGCUGACACCUACACCGCUGGAUGUUUCUGACCAGAAGCUCCUCAACGAGCUGAGUGAGCUUGCCAUGUUGAAACGGGCAAGGAUUGAGCGAAUGAAGGCAUUGAGGAAGAUGAAGAAUGCCAAACAAGGGAUCUCGGGUUGCAAUUUGUGCCCCCUGAUCAUUACCAUUAUCUUCUGCAUCGUCAUACUCUGGCAAGGUUUCUUCUCGGGACAUGGGUCGGCAGUAAGUUUCCAUGGAUCACCCGAAUCAUCGAUCAGGGGGCACAGCAGUCUGAUCUCCAUCAGGUUCUACAAGAAGAACCAUUCGAAUGUGAGACCACCCAGCGAGACCACUGCAGCUCCUGAGUAA